AUGCCAAUCUCCCCUCUCCUUCGAAGGCAGUUGCAACCCUUUUCGUGGCUCAAAACCAAAAGCUUUUGCAGAUAUGCAUCGACAUCCCGUCCUGAUCCGUCAAAAACGCGUAACUUAGCUGUCGUAGCCCACAUCGAUUCUGGCAAAACCACUCUCACCGAGUCCAUCCUGCUGGAGACCUCGUAUCUCGCCUCGGCAGGAUCCGUCGACACCGGCAGCACCACCACAGAUUUCUUACCCGCAGAGCGUGAACGUGGAAUCACUAUUCAAUCAGCAAGCAUACCCGUUAAAUGGAAAGACUGGAAUAUCAAUCUCAUCGAUACACCAGGCCAUGCAGACUUCGGAAUGGAGGUUGAGAGUGCGAGCCGCGUCGUGGACGGAGCAAUCGUCUUAAUAGAUUCUGUCGAAGGUGUAGAGGCUCAGACGAAGGGCGUCUGGCGACAGUUGGACAGGUAUGGCGUACCUACGCGGCUACUCUUUAUGAAUAAGCUCGACCGAGCCGGGGCGUCUUUUCAUUCGUCCAUGUUGUCUCUACUUUCACAUCGCAUUCACCCAAAACCUAUGGCGCUUACUCUUCCCAUCGCUUCGUUCAACCCCGAAGACUAUACCCUAGCUGAACCCGGAGUAGAAGGGUUGGUCGACCUUGUCAAAUGGGAACUGUGGAGAUGGCAUCCGGACGGUACCUCGACUAGGCAUUCACUACCCACCGACGUCCAAUCACUGGAGAAAACCGAGCUCUUUCCGCCUAAUCAUCCAAUCAUCCCUCAUCUAACACCCGCACGGACAGAACUCAUCGAGAACCUCUCCAUGUUCUCUGAAUCACUCAUGGAGAAGUUACUUGACCUUCCUUCAACACCGUCGGCGUAUCUCGGGCUCCCGUCCUCUCUCAUUAUUCCUCACCUUCGCGCCGCCACCUUACGUGCUGACAUUCUUCCCAUACUCUGCGGAUCGGCUAUGAAGCACAUCGGUACAGAACUUGUUCUGAACUAUGCGGGAGAGCUCUUAGCUAGUCCACUUGACGUUCCGCAUGAAAAACAAAAUCCAAAGUCGCCACUCGGACUCUUGGCGUGGAAGGUCACUUGGGACAAGAGAAGAGGUUGGAUGACCUUUGUUCGUGUAUAUUCAGGCACUCUGACCAAACAGAGUGUCCUCUUCAACUCAACCCGAAAUCAGAAGGAAAGGGUCUCGAAGCUCAUGCUCUUGUAUGCCAAUGAGGCUCAAGAAGUUGACGAGUUACCCUUUGGAUCUGUCGGCGUCAUCCUCGGUCUCAAACACACGCGUACGGGCGAUCUCUUGGUGUCUACGAAGGGCUCCGCUACUUUCAAAAGCAACAUCGCGGAUAUCACCCCUCCUCCAGCCGUCAUGUCUGCCUCCGUCAUCCCACAAUCCCACGCCGACCUCGAAAUUGUGGAGGAAUCUCUACUAGCCUUGGCAAGGACAGAUCCUUCCGUUCGAGUUGAGACCCAGGACGGACAACUGCUUGUUCAUGGACUGGGAGCGCUACAUCUCGAAAUUGUCGAAGGUCGUCUUCGAGAUGAGUGGAACGCGAAGUUCGAAUUCGGACGGAGGAGGGUCAGCUAUAGGGAAGCCCUUGGAGUAACUGAGGCGUCAUCACUACCUUCCGACAUAUGGUCCACCACGAUCGCUGGAAAGACUAUGCAGGCUUCUGUGGCUUUCUCCAUCCGUCCUCUGGAUGACGAUGAGACCGGAGACCCCAUGUGGGAUGGUAAUGCUGUCUUGAAAAGCGAUGGCAUGCCUCUCGCUCUUCCUGAUACCUUCAUCGACCACAACGAUCCACUACGCCACAUAUCCCAAGGCAUCGCUAACACGCUCUCCAACUCGCCUAACUCGUCGCUUCCUCUUUCGCGCGCGCACAUCACCGUCUCCACUUUUCAACAUCCGCCCGAAGCCCCGACGUCCAUCUUGGCAGGUGCCAGUGCAGUCAUUCUGCGCAAUGCGGUCAAGGCGAGAGGCAUGGGUCAAUUGAUGGAGCCGUUCAUCAACCUGCGGAUCUCAGUAGGCGAAGAUUCUCUGGGAAAAGUCGUCAAGGACUUGACUGAGCACGGAGGUGAAGUCCUUGACAUGGAAGGGGCCAAUGUCAACAUGGACGGCGAAGAAGUCACAUCGUAUCCUCAAGAAGGACUUUACAUUCCACCGAAAUGGCUUUCCCCUUCCACGAUGUCCGAGACGGGUCGGGACCGGCAAAGUGUGCGACAACGUCGAUAUAUCCACGCUAUCGCACCGCUCAGUCAAAUGCUGGACUAUUCAACACGCUUGCGUGCGCUUUCUGGUGGUCAUGGAUUGUUCGAGAUGUCGGCUGCAGGUUUCCGCGUCGUGGCUGAAACUCGGAGGGUAGAAAUUCUGAGGGAGAUGGGUCGGGCUUGAUGGACUAUCGCGAUGUACAUAGAUAUGCUUCUACACGGACAGACUAUCAAAGUUCCCUUUCCUCAUCCGCAUCCGCAAAGAACAAUGCACCAUCAUAUUCGUCGUCUUCCUCCACUCCGCCGUUCAUAGUCCCUCCAGUUUUCAAUACCUGACUGAACUCCAUCAUACCCCCGUCUUCGUCUGAAUCAUAUUGACGUUCUUCCUCGGGUAUAUCGUUGAAUAAAGGAACAGGUGGAAGCGUUCGCAUCCUGCGAAUGGAAGGGCCAGGUGUCUCCCCUCUGUCCUGAUCAUCGUCCGGUAAGAACAGGGGCGUUCUUUCCCUCCGAGCUGCGGCACCGCUGGGGACGAAAUCGGGAGGAGCAAUGCUAGGAGCACGAAUCGUCGUCGACACCAUGGGAGCGAGCGAUGGCGCACGAGAAGCUGAACGUAUAGGUGGCCAAGGCUCGACGACAACACAAAGACAAUGUCCG